CCCGCCUCCCUCCCUCCCUCCUCGCCGAGCGCAGCGCCCCGAGCAUGGAGCCUGCCUGAGACGCUCCGUGCGCUCCGGCAGCUGCUGCGGCGGCACAACAUGGAGGCGGCGGCGGCCCCGCCGCUCCCGCUGCUGCUGCUGCUGCGGCUCCUCGCCGCCUCGGUGCUGCGCUGCGAGCCGGGCUCGGCCGGGGCAUCUCCCUUUCUGCUCUUUGCCAACCGGCGGGAUGUUCGGCUCGUGGAUGCCGGAGGCACGAAGCUGGAGUCCACCGUGGUGGUCAGUGGUUUAGAGGAUGCUGCUGCGGUCGACUUCCAGUAUUCACAAGGCAUCGUUUUCUGGACAGAUGUGAGUGAAGAAGCCAUCAAGCAAACUUACAUUAACCAAACUGGGAAUGUGGUGCAGAAUGUCAUCAUUUCUGGUCUGGUUUCCCCGGAUGGCCUGGCGUGUGAUUGGAUUGGGAAAAAACUUUAUUGGACGGAUUCAGAAACCAAUAGGAUAGAAGUAGCUAAUCUCAAUGGAACAUCUAGAAAAGUCCUCUUCUGGCAAGACCUUGAUCAGCCCAGGGCAAUAGCUUUGGAUCCGGCUCAUGGAUACAUGUACUGGACGGACUGGGGUGAAACACCCCGAAUAGAACGGGCAGGAAUGGACAGCAGCAUGCGAAAGAUAAUUGUUGAUUCUGAUAUUUAUUGGCCAAAUGGACUCACGAUAGAUCUCGACGAGCAGAAACUUUACUGGGCUGAUGCAAAACUGAGUUUCAUUCAUAGGGCAAACCUGGAUGGUUCCUUUAGGCAAAAAGUUGUCGAAGGUAGCCUUACUCAUCCCUUUGCCCUGACGUUGUCUGGGGACACUCUGUACUGGACGGACUGGCAGACGCGCUCCAUCCACGCCUGUAACAAAAGGACAGGAGAGAAGAGGAGGGAGAUCCUGUCUGCCCUCUACUCGCCCAUGGACAUCCAGGUCCUGAGCCCGGACCGGCAGCCCUACUUUCACACUCCAUGUGAAGAAAACAACGGUGGUUGCUCCCAUCUGUGCCUGCUGUCUCCGAGGGACCCCUUCUACAGCUGUGCCUGUCCCACUGGUGUGCAGCUGGAAGACGAUGGCAGGACAUGCAAAGCAGGUGCUGAGGAAGUCUUGCUGCUCGCCAGAAGAACAGACUUGAGGAGGAUUUCCCUGGACACGCCGGAUUUCACUGACAUUAUUCUGCAGAUAGACAACAUCAGACAUGCAAUUGCCAUUGACUAUGACCCUGUGGAAGGCUACAUCUACUGGACUGAUGACGAUGUCCGGGCAAUUCGUCGGGCCUAUCUUGAUGGCACUGGAGCCCAGACUCUGGUGACCACGGAGAUCAACCACCCAGAUGGGAUUGCUGUGGACUGGGUGGCCAGGAACCUGUACUGGACCGAUACUGGCACCGACCGCAUCGAAGUGACCCGGCUGAACGGGACAUCAAGGAAGAUCCUGAUCGCCGAAAACCUCGAUGAACCUCGAGCCAUAGUGCUCAAUCCUGUCAUGGGCUACAUGUAUUGGACAGACUGGGGUGAAAGUCCAAAGAUAGAAUGUGCUUAUCUGGAUGGCUCAGAAAGGCGAGUUCUGGUGAAUACUUCUCUUGGGUGGCCUAAUGGCUUGGCACUGGAUCUUGAGAAAAACAAGCUUUACUGGGGAGAUGCAAAAACAGAUAAAAUUGAGGUCAUAAACGUUGAUGGAACAAUGAGAAAAACCCUCUUAGAAGAUAAGCUUCCACAUAUAUUUGGGUUCACACUGCUGGGGGACUACAUCUACUGGACUGAUUGGCAGAGACGAAGCAUUGAGAGAGUUCACAAGAUAAAGGCCAGCAGAGACAUCAUUAUCGAUCAGCUGCCGGAUUUAAUGGGCCUUAAGGCAACGAGUGUCACCAAAGCUUUUGGAACUAAUUCAUGCGCAGAGAACAAUGGAGGCUGCAGCCAUCUGUGUUUCUUUACACCCCAGGAGGCCAGGUGUGCCUGUCCCAUCGGCCUUGAGCUGUUGAGUGACAUGAAGACUUGCAUCAUUCCUGAAGCCUUCUUAGUUUUCACAAGCAGAGCAGCAAUUCAUAGGAUUUCCCUUGAAACCAAUAAUAAUGAUGUUGCUAUUCCUCUUACUGGAGUCAAGGAAGCAUCUGCUCUGGAUUUUGAUGUCUCUGAUAACAGAAUCUAUUGGACUGAUGUUAGUUUGAAGACCAUAAGCCGAGCUUUCAUGAAUGGGAGCUCUGUUGAGCAUGUGAUUGAGUUUGGGCUAGAUUAUCCUGAGGGAAUGGCUGUGGACUGGAUGGGAAAGAACCUCUACUGGGCAGAUACUGGAACCAAUCGCAUCGAAGUUGCCCGCCUGGAUGGGCAGUAUAGGCAGGUCCUUGUGUGGAAGGACUUGGACAACCCAAGGUCGCUGGCUCUUGAUCCCACCAAAGGAUACAUGUACUGGACUGAGUGGGGAGGCAAACCCAGGAUUGUUCGAGCCUACAUGGAUGGGACAAACAGCAUCACUCUGGUAGACAAAGUGGGGCGUGCCAAUGACCUCACUAUUGAUUAUGUGGACCAAAGGCUCUACUGGACUGACUUAGACACAAGCAUGAUUGAGUCAUCAAAUAUGCUGGGACAAGAACGAGAAAUCAUAGCAGAUGAUCUACCUCAUCCAUUUGGAUUAACCCAGUACAGUGACUACAUCUACUGGACAGACUGGAAUCUUCACAGCAUAGAAAGAGCAGACAAGACAAGUGGGAAGAACAGGACACUUAUUCAGGGCCAUCUGGAUUUUGUGAUGGAUAUAUUGGUCUUCCAUUCUUCUCGUCAGGACGGCUUGAAUGAUUGUGUGCAGAAUAAUGGCCAUUGUGGUCACCUGUGUCUUGCCAUCCCAAAUGGAUUUAGGUGUGGCUGUGCUGCUCAUUACACCUUGGAUCCCAACAGCAGGAACUGUAGUUCCCCGGCCAGUUUCCUGCUAUUUAGCCAGAAAUCUGCCAUCAGCAGGAUGAUACCUGAUGAUCAGCAGAGCCCAGAUAUCAUCCUACCUAUGCAUGGUCUGAGGAACGUCAAGGCUAUUGAUUAUGAUCCCUUAGAUAAAUUGAUCUACUGGGUGGAUGGGCGCCAGAAUAUUAUAAAAAGAGCCAAAGAUGAUGGCACCCAGCCUUUCACUGUAAUGAGUACCCCAAACCAAAGCCAGAACCCGGAGAAGCAGCCACACGACCUCAGCAUUGAUAUAUACAGCCACACCUUGUACUGGACCUGCGAGGCCACAAAUUCCGUCAAUGUGCACCGGCUGAACGGCGAGUCCAUCGGGAUGGUGCUGCGGGGGGACCACGACAGGCCCAGAGCCAUCGUAGUGAACGCAGAGCGAGGGUACAUGUACUUCACCAACAUGCAGGAGAGAGCUCCCAAGAUUGAGCGUGCAGCCCUGGAUGGCACAGAGAGAGAAGUGCUUUUUACAACUGGCUUGAUCCGACCGGUAGCACUGGUGGUUGACAACAAACUUGGAAAGCUUUUCUGGGUGGAUGCAGAUCUGAAGCGCAUCGAAAGCUGUGACCUGUCAGGUGCCAACCGUGUGACCCUGGAGGACUCCAACAUUCUUCAGCCCAUGGGACUCACUGUGCUGGGGAAUCACCUGUAUUGGAUUGAUCGUCAGCAGCAGAUGAUUGAGAGAGUGGAGAAAGUGAAUGGCUACAAAAGGACUAGAAUUCAAGGCAGGAUUGCUCACCUAACGGGCAUUCAUGCUGUGGAAGAGCUUGAUAUGGAAGAAUUCUCUGUGCAUCCAUGCUCCCGUGACAAUGGUGGUUGUUCACACAUCUGCAUUGCCAAAGGGGAUGGAACUCCAAGAUGUUCAUGCCCUGAGCACCUUGUGCUUCUACAGAAUCUCUUAACAUGUGGAGAACCUCCAACUUGUUCCCCAGACCAGUUUACAUGUGCAACUGGAGAGAUUGACUGUAUCCCAAUGGCAUGGAGGUGUGAUGGGUUUCCUGAGUGUGAUGACCAGAGUGAUGAAGAUAGUUGCCCCAUAUGCUCUGCAUCCCAGUUCCAGUGUGAGAAGGGACAGUGCAUUGAUGCACACUUGCGGUGUAAUGGAGAAAUCGACUGUCAAGAUAAAUCUGAUGAAGCAGAUUGUGAUACAAUUUGCCUGCCCAACCAGUUCCGAUGUGCGAGUGGGCAGUGCAUCCUCCUGAAGCAGCAGUGUGACUCCUUUCCAGAUUGCAUGGACGGCUCUGACGAGCUCAUGUGUGAAAAAUCGAAGCCAGCCUCAGACGAGUCGCAGCCGCACAGCAGCGCCAUCGGUCCCGUCAUUGGGAUCAUACUGUCCCUUUUCGUCAUGGGAGGAAUGUACUUUGUUUGCCAGCGGGUGGUGUGCCAGCGCUACGCCGGGCCCAACAGUCCCUUCCCACAUGAGUAUGUCAGUGGUACCCCCCACGUCCCUCUCAAUUUCAUCGCUCCAGGAAGCUCUCAGCAUGGCACUUUUACUGGCAUCUCUUGUGGAAAGUCCAUGAUCAGCUCCAUGAGUCUCAUGGGAGGAAGCAGUGGUGCCCCAUUGUAUGACAGAAACCAUGUUACUGGAGCAUCUUCAAGCAGCUCAUCCAGCACUAAAGCCACUUUCUAUCCACAGAUUUUGAACCCUCCUCCUUCCCCAGCUACCGAUCGCUCCUUAUACAAUGCAGAGAUGUUUUAUUCCUCAAACAUUCCUUCAAACACAAGAUCUUACAGGCCAUACCUUAUACGAGGGAUAGCUCCGCCCACAACCCCAUGCAGCACAGAUGUCUGUGACAGUGACUAUACCACGAGUCGAUGGAAGGCCAACAAAUACUAUAUAGAUUUAAAUUCAGACUCAGACCCUUAUCCCCCUCCACCCACACCUCGCAGUCAGUACAUGUCGGCAGAAGAAAGCUGCCCUCCAUCUCCUGCCACGGAACGAAGCUAUUUUCACCUCUACCCCCCUCCACCCUCUCCUUGUACAGACUCUUCAUGACCUCAACAGAAGGAACUUUUCCUGUAAAUAUUUUAAAAUAUGAACAGAUUUAAAAAAUAUAUAUUUUAUGAUUUAAAAAUAAAUCUGGGUGGGAAUUAAACAAAACUAAAUGUGAAUAAAAAUGGGUGGGAGAGGUGGGGCUGUGAAAAAUUGUACAGAGGAAGAAUAUUUAUAAAAUCGAUUUUUUUAACUUAAUUUCCAUUCUUUUGUGCCAUAUUUGCCUUUUUGAAGUCAUGGAACUGACUCAGUCGCUAAUGGAUUCGGGGAGGGAAUGUUGAAACUUUCUACAUUUUUAAGUCACCUUUUUACAUGCAAAAAGUGUAUGUAGUUAUUUUUGUUAAUGAGACAAGAAAAAGAAGUGGCUUGUGGGGGUGGGGGGGGGGGUCAUCUAAAGAAAGAUGCAGGCUUAUUCCUAGAGGAAAAAAAAAGCAUUUUAAAUACAAUUGUCAGUAUCAUCCCUGCCCCACCACUGGAAGAAAACAUACAUGAUCACAACCCUUAGAUGCUCCUGUUUGCAAGUGAGCUGAAUGCUUCCCAGCAGAACUUGAGUGCCAAGACCUGAAUUUCAAACCUCCCUCUCCAUCUGCUUAGCAUUGAACUGAAAGAACACUUCUCUUAGCCAAACCUUCCAGGUUAACUAAACCCACAGGCAUCAUGUCCUACCUCAUGGCAGUGGCACUCUGCACGUGGCCAAUUCUGUAACUGAUUCAGGGCAAAUAAGAUCAGUUCUAAAAAACUUGGUUUAGGCCCAACCAGUUUCCCACCUGACUGGGUGAAUGGUAGCAGAAGCAGUUGUACUGCAGUUGUACUGACCUUGCAUGACAGCAAGGGUCAAGUUUGAAGUGGUAUUUAAGCUAAGAGAAAUGCCCAACAAACUGCAGAUUGGGUCAGACUCACCAUUUUGAUAGUGAUGCAACCAUGAUCAUUCAUCUUCCUUGCAAAGCUUUAGUCAGUGUCUGGGAAGAAGCAGUAAUAGUCAGCUGCUUCUUAAAACACAGUGCUAGUUUUCUUUUUCUCAAAAGUCCUGUAAUCACUGUACCAGGUUUCUGAAGUGUUCACCCAUGUUGACUUGAUCAGAGAAUUGCUUCAUCUCUUAAUAUUCAUUUUCCAAAGUGGAACAAAAUGGUCGUUUGUAUUCAAAUGAGGAAAGUUGUUUGGGUUUUAACUGGUGUUUGUAGAAAAAUGGUAUCCGCAUAGCUCAAAUCAAAAAUCAGUUUAGACGUAUCAUAAAAAUUUGUCACAUGAUUCAGAUUUAGAAAUAGGUAGAAAAGAAGUACAGAUGAGGGAGAAAAGACAAAUACUUUUUUUCUAUUCAUGUUGAUAUGAAAAUUAUUAACUUGUACAAACUGCUGUAACCUCAGGACAUCAAGAUCAACAAAGUGCUUGUUCCCAUUCCUACAAAAAAAAAAAAAUAUUAGGGAAUGGGGGAGCUAGAAUCAGCCCCUUUCAAAUUCAGAAGACAAAUUUUUGCUUUAAUUGCUCUUUCUCUGUAGCAAAAGGGAUUGGGUAUUGUAUGGCACUUUAUAAAUCAGCACUGGUGAUGAUAAUGUGAGUGCCUGCUUGGGACAUCUGAGGGAAGUUCUGAAUAUGCAAACUUGCACCUGUUUCUGCAGCUGCUCAGUAACAGAUGUGUUGGGCCUUCAACUGCUUUAAUAUUGAUGGCAACAAUGAACUUUUUUUUCUUGUUUGAACUAAAAUUGUACUAGGCUUUGGGUCUUUUAAGCAAGUUAUUUGAGAGCACAUCAGAGAAAACCCUACAACUCCAGGCGAGAGGUCUUUCUUGUGGUGGUGGAAGGGCUGGGACCACAGUGUUCUGAUCCACUUUGUGUUUUCAGAUCUGUUCUUCCUGUCUGCAUAGUUCAAAGAUAGCAUUUUGACAUGUUACUAAAACUCCUAAAGUAGCUUUUACUACCUUCAUGUCUAUAUUUUUACUUGAGAAAUAAGGCACAAAGAGGAUGAUUUUUCAUAGAGAAGAGUACAGAAAUGGAGUUGAAGAUUGGGUUCUUUCCUCUUCUUCUGUCAACAUUAGCAAUUUUGUAUUAUGCUGGCAUGGGCAAGGUCACAGCUUGUUACUCUUGGAGUGACUUAGCCAGUCUCUAAACUGGUGGUUUGGUGAAAAAAAGCAAUUCUCAUGUGAUCAUGUUUCAAUUAACUAAAUUAGAAUAUACAUCCACAGGAUAUUUUAUGUGCUAAAUGAAUUGCAUAAAAGAGUAUUUGUUCUGCAUUACUGCAGUUGGUAGUCCAAUUUCAUAUCAUACAUCAUUUUCUGCUUGAUAAUUAUUCACUAUUUAUAAGGAAUUCAUUAGUUAUUUCAUGUCACAGUUCUAACUUAGAGAUAUACCACAUUGAUUUUUCUGUAUUCCUGUGAUGACACUGGAUGAAUAAUUAUUUAAUUUUUUUUCAUUAAACCACUGAUCUUUUUUAAGAGCCAUAACUAUAAGAAUCCUGACCACUCCAUCUGAAGAUUUGUAUCCUAUUAGAAACAUUGGAAUUGAAUCCAAGAAAAUUGGCAUUUUUACUGAGAAUUGAACUAUCUUAAGAGUCACAUUCUUUUGGAGCUUAGGUUUUAAAAAGGAAGGAAGCGUUUGGUGAAUUGGGUGAAUUAAAUGUACAUUUUUAUUUCAGUUGAACAUUCAUAAACUCUUGCUGUUGAUGUUUGCUGAGGAAUUGCCUUCGCUGAGGCACUUGAAGUUUGGUGGUGAAAAUCAAAGCUCCACACCGCUCUAUAUUACUGACAUUAAAAGCCUUUUCCAAAAAAAAGACUGUAUACAAAUUUAGCAUCUUAACAUUUAAAUGCUAAAUAUCAUUUUUGAUUGUUGUAGACUGUAUACUUUAAAAGGAUUACUUCACUCGUGGUGUUAGAAAAGACCAGGAAGAAAAUCUGAGCAACAGAAAUUACUUCUUUCCGGAAUAUCCGCACUGUGUUCUCAGUGGUUUCCAUCCUGUGAAUUUUCAGGCUAAAAUAUAAAAAAUAGGUGCUAUUUUCUUCUGGAUAAGGAUCAGAGAAGGACUUGCAAGGAAUUAGAGAGUGCAUAUGAGAAAUUCUGGUAGUUCAGGGAUGAAUAGGAAAUGUGUGAGGGAAAGUUGCGUUUUGGUGAGGCUUAAGCAUGAUUUUAAUAACUGAGAAGUUUUCUGUGAGAAAGCUGACUGAGACAUUUUAGGACUUCUACCCUAAUAAUCUGCAGAGGGAUACAUGUGAUUCAGCUACCUGUGUGAGCUAGUGAGUACUUGAAUCAGUGUUUUCAACCACUAUUGUCCAGGCCCAUUGUGACUGCAUAUUAGCACUUGAAACAACUCAGGGUGUAACAAGGAAUGGUGUCUGGAGAGCAGCCAGUAAUGGGCAAAUGAGAUGGCUGAUUCUGUGUUAGAUUUAAAGGACAGAUGGCCCAGCAGAGAGCAGCUUCCCUGUCCUGCAGGGCAGGUGGAGCAGCAGUGUGAGGCUGUAAGGUAAAUAGACAAGUAAUCAUUGAUAGCCAAGGAUUCCUUCAUUUCAAGGAACAGUUUGUGCAAAUUAUAACUUGACUUGAGCUAGACUAGACUAUAGCCACUGCAUCUUUAAAUUUUAAUAAAUAGGGGUAGUGAAUUUGUUCCAGUUGAGUCUGAGGAAACUUUAUGAGCUCUAUCCCAGCUGCCUUAGAUUUCUUACUCAGAUUUCUUUUGUCUGGACAGAUCACUAGAGAGCACUGUAGGUAUGACAAAUAAUAAUUUCUUCAGGAUAGUGUUAUAGUAAAAAAUGCUCUGUGUCUAAAAAUGUGAUUAUGCCAUUAUCAACAUAUUCUAAAGAGGAAGGCAGAAAUGAGUGGGAAACAAAAUUAUUUUGCAAUAAUGGCAUUGAUUUUCAGUAAUAAGCCUUAAUUUCUGUGCUUUGCAAAGGUACAGGCACUAAUCAGAACCUACAAGUUCUGAUUCUUUUCAAAGUAACAACAAAAUGGUCUGUUGCCUCAAUACCUGUUUUAUAGACCUAGGAUGGGUUUUCUGGAAAUCUCCAGGCUUGUUUACCCUAGAUCUGUUUUCCACCUGGUAUCUAGAAAGUCAUGUGCAAGGUCCAGGGCUCAUGAUGUUCUCACCAUUUUUAUGCCAACUGGUGCCUUUGGAUUCUGGAACUUUUGACAUUCUGAUGCUUUGUGCACAGCAGUGGAAAAGGGUUUGGAAGGAGGAGCAUUCAAGUAAGAGCUGGUCUCACUGGGCUGAUGUCACUCCUCUGUGGCCUGCAGGGUCAGAUCCCUUUGCUGGGGAGGGCUCUUGUGCUGCCCUUCCUCAGAGCCUCUCCAGCAUGUUGUGCUAAUUCACAAGUGUGCUCAGUUAAACAUCACAAAAGUUGUGUGUCCUGUUGGCCUCAAGAAUUUUUGGAAGCAGAUCUCUUCUGUAAUUUUGUUGGGGUUUAUGUUGAGUCAGUCCAAAUGAGUAACUGCUUACAAUUGUACUACAAAUUAUAUCCAUUAAUGUCAGGAAAUGAAAACAGAAGGCAAACAUGUUCCAAAUAAUUAAUAACAUGCACUCCAUGCUGGCAGAGAGCCCUGAAUUGAAAGCAGUAUAUUUGCUGUUACAGUGCUGAGGAAUAUUUUAUAAAGGUCCAUGCUUGGACAGAGCCUUAGACAAGCCACAAAGAUAACUGUGUACAGCUCAGUCAUUUGGUGGUUGUUAUGUGUUGUGACUCAGUUAUGAAUUAUAAGUAGAAUCCUCCUUGUAAAUUUGCCUUGUCAAUAAGAGGUUCAAGGAAGGCUGAACCCUACACUCUGAGAGGUGUCUGCUGUUUCUGCUGCUGUUCCCUUAGGUACUGCAACAUUUUCUGUUCAUUGCUGUAUAUAAAACUGCCUUUCCACGGAAGUUGUAAGUUUAGCUAAACAGCUUGAGGUAUUUACUACACAUUAAAAGAAAUAUUUAAUAGGCAUAGAUAUUUUCAAUCCUGUUAGGUCUUCUGCCUCUCCUUCCUGAGAACUUUAGAUUUUCUAAUGGGUGAUUUUCUUUCAUUUGUUUAUUUUGAGGUUGGUCAGCUAUGCUGUGGGCUUUUUCACAUAGACUCAUACUCCCUGUAAGUAAAAAAAAAAAAAAAAAAGGAAAAAUUAAAUGUUAAGCCUGCUGAUAGGAAUGAUGGAAACCAGUCUGAUAUGUCUUCUGCAUUCCACAACAAAAUCCUUCAAAAUGCCAUGCCAUGACAUGCUGACAGUGCUCCCAAACACCUGUGACAAGCUGCAACAUCCUGGCUGUUCCCAGCAUGAACCACAGCCCUUGUUGCAGCCCACCUCUGGGCUAGGUCUCACCAGCCAACACAGAAUCCUGGUGGAUAGAAGAUUAUAAUGACAACUCCUAAACGGGUGGGUUUGUAUCGACAAAACACAUGCAGAGAGUGUGCUUAGAGAAGGACUUGUCAGAGGAGAAAAACAGGUUUGACAGUUCCAGUGACAGACUAAUUCAGCGCCACUGACACCUCUGAAAAGCGAGUGCUCCCACUGAUGCACCUUCCUGUAAAUAAUGAGGCCGCUCUGGUGACAGCGUUCCUGGGCUGGCUGCUUGGCAAAGGGAGCCACGUUCCCCUUUGGUUUGUACGGAGAUCCUGCAGCCUGUAAAUAGCUGUACAUGGACUUCAUCAGCCUGUGGAGGUAAAACAAAGUGUUGGAAGCGGGAGGACAGCUGUGUGAAAUUUGGGGGUAUCAUAAACACAACUCUAACCCAGACAGCUUCCCUACUCACCUACUUGUAUCGCAAUUGCUGCUAUUGUAAAUGUACAGGAAUAUACAAAGAGUACCAAGAAUUUUUAUAUAACCCACACGUAAUCUUUUUAUAUUUAUAUUAAAUUGUGUAUUCUGCAAACAGCCUAAUAAUUACAGCUUUAUAUGUGUAUCAUUUUGUAGCAUUUGUUACCUCAACAGACAACCAAACCUAAUACUUCAGUGCCUUGUGUAUUUUAAACAGAUUAACAUAUAAACUGGGGGGAAAAAUGUUCAUUGUACUCCUCUGGUUUUAACAAAGCUUUGUAUUAUUUUUAGGAUUCUCUUCAGUUAAAAUACAUACAGCCACAAGUUGUGGAACUAACUGUAAGCUUACCAUUUUGGAGGGUUUUUUAGAGCAUGCAUGUUUUGAAUUUGUAAUAUAUUGGAGUUCCUCUCAAAUGCAUUCUUUCAAGUUAACUUUGAUUUAUAUAUUCAUAUCUAUUUCAACAGACAUCCCAAUAUCUGUCAAAAAUACAUAGCAUUUACAUGUUUGGGGAUUAAAUUAAUGCUGUUUUCAGCAUGUCACAAUUUUCAUUAGCGUCAUAAAAUCUUUAUUGUGUUACAGAAAGUCUGUAUCAAUUAUUUUUCCAAGCAUGGCCUUCUAACACACAAAUGACUUGGUAAUACUGUUGUAAAAAAAUGUUUGAGGCUGUCAUCACUUCAGACCAUUUUAACAAUGGUUAACAAUUUUCUGGUCAUGAAACUGCAAUGUUUCUUUAUGUUAACAAAACCAAAGGCUUGUUUGAAGUAACUGGUAUUUUGUAUAAAUAUUUGUACAGAUAACAGACUCUGCUUUUGUACUAUAGAUUAUGUGGAUUUUGUUUUAUAAUAAAUGCUUUAAAAAAGAAA